AAAAAAACUGAGGCAGAAAGAGGAGGAGGGCUUUACUUCACACCCUGACCCCGGCUGUACUUCUCAGCUGUCGUUGUCAGACAAACACGGUAUAUAAACAACUCCAGAAGGACGGUUGGAAAUUCUAAACAGCUGCCAUGGCCUCAGGUGGAGUCACGGUACCGGGACUCACAUCCUUAACCAGUAAGGUUGAACUGACCAUCUCCUGUGAGAACCUCAUGGAUAUGGACGUGUUCUCUAAGUCUGAUCCUCUCUGCGCCUUGUACAUCAACACCACAGGCUCCCAGUGGUCUGAGUUUGCACGCACUGAGAUGAUCCUCAACUGCUUGAAUCCAAAGUUCGCCAAAAAGUUCGUGCUGGACUACUAUUUUGAGAUGGUACAGAAGCUGAAAUUUUGCGUGUAUGAUAUUGAUAAUAACACUUACGAUCUGAGUGAUGAUGAUUUUCUGGGGGAACUUGAAUGCACCCUAGGCCAGAUUGUGUCCAACAGGCGGAUGACUCGACCACUGGUGCUGAAAAACAAUAGACCCGCAGGCCGGGGCACCAUCACAAUCUGUGCCGAAGAGAUCACAGACUCCACAGUGGCAGAGUUUGAGGUGUCGGCCCGAAAGCUGGACAAAAAGUAUUUGUGGUGGUCUGAUCCCUUCCUGGAGUUCUACAAGCAGACAGAGAACGUUUGGCAGCUGGCUCACAGAACAGAGGUUGUAUCUAACAACCUCAACCCGAUAUGGAGACCCUUCCGUGUUUCGUUAAGAUCUCUUUGUGGAGGAGAUGUGGAGAAUCCCAUAAAGGUUGACUGCUUCGAUCAUCAUUUCAGCGGCUCCCACGAGCUCAUUGGAAGCUUUAAAACAACACUGGCCGAGAUGCAAGCUGGAACACACGUUUCUCCAGCUGAAUUUGAGUGCAUCAACCCCAAAAAGUCGAAGAAGAAAAAAUAUAAGAACUCUGGUGUUAUUUGCAUCAGACGCUGCCAGCUUAUAAAAGAGUUCACCUUUCUGGACUAUAUCAUGGGAGGUUGUCAGCUGAACUUUACUAUUGCCAUCGACUUCACCGGCUCUAAUGGAGACCCCAGAUUUCCGCAGUCCCUGCACUACAUCAACCCCGAUGGCUACAAUGAAUACCUGGCAGCCAUCUGGGCAGUGGGAAAUGUCAUCCAGGACUAUGACAGUAACAAAAUGUUUCCGGUCUUUGGUUUUGGAGCCAAGAUCCCUCCUCACGGACAGGUUUCACAUGAGUUUCCCAUCACUUUCAAUUCUGCGAAUCCCUUCUGUGCAGGCAUAGAUGGUGUGGUGCAAGCAUACCGGACAUGUCUACCUCUGGUAACCCUUUGGGGUCCCACCAACUUCUCUCCAGUUAUCAACCAUGUGGCCUACUUCGCCAGACAAGCCUAUCAGCAAAACAAGGCCUCGCAGUACUACGUGCUGCUUAUCAUCACAGACGGAGUGAUCACAGACAUGGACCAGACUCGCACGGCGAUCGUACAGGCCUCCAGUUUGCCCAUGUCCAUUAUCAUUGUGGGAGUGGGCCACGCCGACUUCAGCCCAAUGGAGUUCCUGGACAGUGACGACAAACUGCUGCGGUCCCCUCACGGACACACGGCUGUGAGAGACAUCGUCCAGUUUGUUCCUUUCAGGGAUUUCCAGGCCAACAGUGUCGCCCUGGCUCAAAGUGUCCUGGCUGAGCUGCCGGAUCAAGUGUCCACCUUUUUUAACUCUUAUAAUCUGAAGCCACCUAAUCAUUCCUCCGAUUCUAAGCCUUCUUAGAAACACGGGAUGUCUCACCUGAAUAAUUCUGCUCAGCCUCAAGCUCAACCUUUAUCAAUCGAUGUUCAUACUACUCAGACCUCUGCCCUCUUAUGUAUGGGGUAAAAAGGUAUGAAAAAUAAAAUACAAUCACUGCUGAGGUCACAGAGCAGUCAAAUCAAAUGAACUCUCCGUCCUGUAUGAUUCACUACACCUCAAGAAUCAAGAUUGAUUUUUUUUGAAGAGUUUUUUUUUUUCUUUUUCAAACAGCUUCUUUCAGACCAACAGCUGAGCUAGGAAAAAGUGUGAGAUAAAAAAAUGCUGUUUGUUUUUAAGCCUGCGUUGAAUGA